UGUUUAAUAUUUUUAAAUUUCACUACUCUUAACACACACCCACAUUCUCUCUCGCGUUUACGUAAAAAAAAAAGAAAUGAAGCUACACGGUGGCUUCAUCUAUAAACCACCACAACCACCGCCGUGCAAAUGCGUGUCGCCUUCACCGGAGCUACACCUCCGCCAUCAAUUUAAUUCCCGUCGCAACUUUACUCUCUUAGUCCGUUGUACUUCUGCACAAACUCAAAACGCAACUAGACGUAGCGUUUUACUAACUCCACUCCUCGCUCUCGGCGCCUCCGUCCUCCUCCAAUCCUCCGCCUCCUCUUCUAAAGCCGAACCUUCUUCUCCCCCGCCUCCAGCUCCGCCGUCUCCGGCGGCGGGAGCGGCUGCGGCGGAGAUAAAUUCGAGAAUAUACGAUGCGACGGUAAUAGGAGAACCGAUGGCGGUAGGUAAAGAUAAGAGAAAAGUAUGGGAGAAGUUAACGAAUGCGAGAAUAGUGUAUUUAGGUGAAGCAGAACAAGUACCUGUAAAAGAUGAUAAAGAAUUAGAGCUUGAAAUUUUUAAGAACUUGACAAAACGGUGCGUUGAGAAUGAGAAGUCUAUUUCUUUAGCUAUGGAAAUGUUUCCUUGUGAUUUGCAGCCGCAGGUUAAUCAGUUUAUUGAUGGAAGGAUAGAUGGAGAAACGCUGAAGUCUUAUUUGACACACUGGCCAGUUCAAGGAUGGCAGGAAUAUGAGCCUCUUUUGAAUUAUUGUCGUGAUAAUAGAGUUAGGAUUGUUGCUUGUGGUACACCACUUAAGGUCAUACGGACAGUCCAAGCUGAAGGCAUUCGUGGGCUACCAAAAGCUGAUCGUAAACUAUAUGCUCCCCCAGCUGGUUCUGGCUUCAUCUCAGGAUUCACUUCUAUUUCACGCAGGUCAAUUGACAUGAAUUAUCCAUAUCAAUCUGUUCCAUUUGGGCCAAGUUCAUACUUAUCUGCACAAGCAAGAGUAGUCGAGGAUUAUACUAUGUCCCAAAUUAUAUUACAAGCAGUGGCAGAUGGAGGUGCCACUGGUAUGCUUGUGGUGGUGACAGGAGCAAGCCAUGUUAUGUAUGGGCCAAGAGGCACUGGUCUUCCAGCAAGAAUUUCAAAGAAGAUGCAGAAAAAGAACCAAGUGGUCAUAUUACUUGAUCCUGAAAGGCAAUCCAUGCGAAGAGAGGGAGAAGUUCCUGUUGCUGACUUUUUGUGGUAUUCUGCUGCCAGACCCUGCAGCAGAAACUGUUUUGAUCGUGCUGAAAUUGCUCGAGUAAUGAAUGCUGCUGGUAGGAGGCGAGAUGCCCUACCGCAGGAUCUUCAGAAAGGACUUGACCUUGGUUUAGUAUCACCAGAAGUACUGCAGAAUUUCUUCGAUCUAGAGCAAUAUCCUCUUCUUAAGGAACUAACUCAUCGUUUCCAGGGUUUCAGGGAAAGACUAUUGGCAGAUCCAAAAUUCUUGCAUAGAUUAGCUAUAGAAGAAGCCAUAUCGAUGACAACUACUCUCUUAGCACAGUAUGAAAGGCGUAAAGAAAAUUUUUUUGAAGAGCUUGACUAUGUAAUUACAGACACGGUCAGGGGAACUGUGGUUGAUUUUUUCACUGUUUGGUUGCCUGCCCCAACUCUGUCAUUCCUUUCAUAUGCUGAUGAGACGAGUGUUCCUGAUAACAUUGAUGCCUUAAAAGGUCUCCUUGGUUCCAUACCUGAUAAUGCAUUUCAAAAAACUCUUCCUGGGAAGGACUGGAAUCUCAAUCACAGACUUGCAUCUGUGCUUUUUGGUGGUCUGAAACUUUCUAGUGUCGGAUUUAUCUCCAGCAUCGGUGCUGUGGCUGCCUCAAAUACUUUAUACACGAUCCGAAAAUUUCUUAAUCCAGCAUUGGUUACUGACCAACGAACUAGGAGAUCACCGAUACUUAAAACAGCAUUGGUUUAUAGUUGCUUCCUUGGAACGUCAGCAAAUCUGCGCUACCAGAUUAUUGCUGGACUAAUCGAGCAUCGGAUUUCUGAUGAGUUUUCUUCCCAGACAUUACUUGUAAAUAUGCUAUCAUUUAUUGUUCGGACAAUAAACUCCUACUGGGGAACACAGCAAUGGGUCGAUCUUGCCCGGUUUUCAGGACUGCAAAGUAAGAAGGAUAAACCAUCAUCCUCUUAUCAGGCUCUGGCUUCGACUACCAAUGCUAUAGACGGAUCUAACACUUCAGAGAAUGCUGGUAUAGAUGAAAUCAAGAAUCAUUAAGGUGAUUUUUCCACUUCCAUUUCGUCAAGACUAAUUUGUAAAGUAUUCUUCCAAAGCUGCUGAGAAAGACUGGACAGGAACAGAAUUUUUUUUCUGCUUAUAUCUUCCAUUACCUUUACAUAGAUCUUUCCAUAUAAUUCCUUCAAAUUUUGGCAAAAAUGAGGUCUACACACUAGAUAUAGUUGCAUAGCACAUGGAUUAACAUUCCAUGUGAGCUUUAUGUAAAAACUCCAGCUAUAUUUGCCUUGACAGAAUGAAUGGCAUAAAUGCUGUUCCAUUCUAAGCAAUUAUUCCAAGAGGAAUUUUUGUCUAUUUUUACUUGAUAAUGAAUAUUGGCAUUUUAGUUCCAUAAGUGAAAUUUAUUGACGGGAUUGUUUUCUA